GCAGCACCACACAGGUCUGACCCGGCUGACUUGGUUUGAGACCACGAGUAGGGAAAAGAAAUAAUGCUUGAUGCGACCGUCAGAGGCGGGAUCCUCAUAGCCCGCUCACCUGUGGGGCGCACAGGUGCAUGGAGGCAUCUGGGAGCCCAGACCAGGCAGAAGCAAGCCAACAGAAAAGGCGGGGUGCCUGGAGCUCAUCCCGCGAGCUCAGUCAGUCCAGCAGUCCGCUUGCUGUCCCCUGCUCGCCCCUUCAGGGUCCUCCCGUCACGUCCAGCAGAAUUCGCCCCUGGUUCUUUAAGGGGCGGGGCCUACUGGCAGCCCGCGGUCUGCGUCAUCAACCUGAGCCCGAAGCCACGGCUCUCCACGUGGAUUCUGUGGCAUCAUGGCGGGAACCGAGGCCCCCCAGCCGCAGAAGCGCUAUUACCGGCAGCGCGCCCACUCCAACCCCAUGGCGGACCACACGCUGCGCUACCCUGUGAAACCAGAAGAGAUGGACUGGUCUGAGCUUUACCCAGAGUUCUUUGCUCCGCUUACUCAAAAUAAGAGCCAUGAUGAUGCAAAGGAUGAGAAAGAGAAGCAAGCUGGGGCCCAAGUGGAGUUUGCAGACAUAGGGUGUGGCUACGGUGGUUUGUUAGUGGCACUGUCACCACUCUUCCCAGAUACCCUGAUUCUGGGUCUGGAGAUCCGGGUAAAGGUGUCGGACUAUGUACAAGACAGGAUUCGGGCCCUCCGUGCCGCUCCUGGAGGUGGAUUCCAGAACAUUGCCUGCCUCCGCAGUAACGCCAUGAAACACCUGCCUAACUUCUUCCGCAAGGGCCAGCUGACGAAGAUGUUCUUCCUCUUUCCCGACCCACAUUUUAAGCGAACGAAGCAUAAGUGGCGAAUCAUCAGUGCCACGCUCCUGGCGGAAUAUGCCUACGUGCUGAGCGUCGGGGGCCUGGUGUACACCAUCACCGAUGUGCUGGAACUACACCAGUGGAUGUGUACCCAUUUUGAAGAGCACCCACUGUUCGAGCGUGUGCCUCUGGAAGAGCUAAGUGAAGAUCCCAUUGUGGAACAUCUAGGCACUUCCACUGAGGAAGGAAAGAAAGUUCUACGCAAUGGAGGAAAGAAUUUCCCGGCCAUCUUCCGAAGGAUACAGGAUCCCGUCCUCCAGACAGUGACCCCCAAUCCCACCCUGCCUGACCACUGACUUCUAACCCUGCCUGAGCUGGACUCAUCUAGUAACUAGAAGAAAGAUCAACUCCCCACCCCAGGCCUGCUCAGACUGCUGGGACACGGCCAUGAUCUCUCCGAGAAGCUGGGUGUGGCCUGUGUUCUCACCCAUCACUGACUCUGUGUUCCUGCCCCUCCGCUGUCAGAAGAAAGCAGAAGAAGCUGACCGAGAAGGUCAAAGGACCUUGGACCAGAGGGUGUAUUUGGAGGAGUGUGGGGUUUUGUUCUCCUCAGCUGGAGUGAAGAGGGCAGCGCCCUGCUGUCUAAGCUGUGUGUUUGGCUCAGGUUGCCCACCCCCCGUUGUGUUUACUCUGCAGUCCUGGGGAUAGUGUGUGUGCCCGCGUGCCCAUGCUGCUGUUUCCCAGGAAUGCUGGGGUGUGUAUCACGUGCCUCCUCCCGUCUCCUGGCCGUUGGUGCUGCCGUUAUUGUUGCCGUCUCUCGUACUGGAGGGCGAGAGGGAUACCAUGGUGACCUUUGAUUCCAGACUUUCCCAGCUAACUGACUGGUUUACUACCUGAUGGGCUGAGGGAGGGAAAGCGGAGGAAGAAAGACCGAGGAGCAGGGAGCUAAACUGGAAUAUUAGUUUUAAAAAUGUAUGUGUGUAUUUGCCUGCAUGUAGGUAUGUGCCCUACACUCGUGCCUGGGCCCUUGGGGGCCAGAAAAGGGAGUUGGUUCCCCUGGAACUGAAGCUACAGACAGUUGUGAGAGACUGAUGUGGGUGCUGGGAACCAAGUCCUGUUUGUCUGUAAGAACAGCCAGUGCUCUUAACUGCUGAACCAUCUCUCCAGCCCCUGAACGGGAGGAUUCUGUGGCUCAAAGUAGUAUAUGGCUGCUGACCACAAAGAUGCCCAAAAGAGGCUGAGUGACCUUAGCCUUCAUACUAUCCAAAGACAGAAUCUCCAAACUUACAUACUUUCCAAAAACAAAACUCCUUUGAUUCAUUAUUAUUGGUUUUCCAAGACAAGGUUUCUCUGUGUAGCCCUGGCUGUCCUGGAACUCACUCUGUAGACCGGGAUGGCCUCGAAUUCAUAGAGAUCCGCUUGCCUCUGCUUCCCGAGUGCUGGGAUAAAGG